AUGUUUUUUAACAUGGGUUCAGAUCCAUUAGCAGAUGGUGACAAAAGAAUGGAAGGAGAAGAAGGAACAUCUACAAAGGAAGCAAAGAGGAGAAUAUUUAAGAGAAUUUGUGUUUUCUGUGGUAGUAGAACAGGUUACAAAUCAUCGUUCAGUGAUGCAGCUCUUCAGAUUGGAAAACAACUGGUUGACAGAAAGAUUGAUCUAGUUUAUGGUGGAGGUAGUGUAGGAUUGAUGGGGUUAAUAUCGAAAACUGUCUUUGACGGCGGUCGACAUGUUCUCGGAGUAAUUCCUAAAGCCCUCCUGUCACAUGAGAUAUCAGGAGAAACUAUAGGAGACCUAAAAGUAGUGGAAGAUAUGCAUCAAAGAAAGUCAGAAAUGGCAAAAAAUGCUGAUGCUUUCAUUGCCCUUCCUGGUGGCUAUGGAACCAUGGAAGAAUUAUUGGAAAUCAUAGCUUGGUCUCAAUUCGGAAUUCACGAAAAACCAGUUGGAUUGCUAAAUGUGUGUGGCUACUAUAAUAGCUUACUUGCGUUAUUUGACAAAGGAGUGGAAGAAGGUUUCAUAGAAGAUUCAGCAAGAAAGAUAGUUGUUGUAGCAGACUCAGCAGAAGAGUUGAUCAAGAGAUUGGAGGAAUAUGUACCAGUACAUGACAGGGUUGCACCCAGACAAAGUUGGGAAGUGAACCAAUUGUUGGAGUUGGAGUGUACUACAAGUGGGACCUCCCCAAAAUCCUAG